AAAUAAUUUACACAUUACACGUAUUUUGAGAGUCACGAUCAGGCCUAUCGUUUCAUUUGUUGACUUAUUAUAAAUAAUUAUCCGGGCGCUUUCGUGGUUUAACUAGAGCUAUUUCUCGAAAUUUUCGGAUUCUACUACUCGGGCUUUCGACCCCGAGGUCAAAGGUUAGGGUUCAGUCGGCGCGCGUUUAGAGGCAGAAGAAACAAGCAGGCAGGCAGGUCAACAAGAUAAACGCACUCCUUAACGAUCGUUUCCUCCGUUGAUUUAGUCACAUUUAGAUAUACAUUUAGCUAACUAGCCAGCCAUACAAUCUGCCGACCCCCGUUAUGGCAGAUUGAUUAGCUAGCUAGCUAGCGCGAUUUCACAGGUUAGCUGAUAGCGAAUUUCCGUUAGUCUUGCUAGCUGAGCUAGCUAGCUUGUUUCUGCCUGGUUGGAGCGCAGUCGGACGGUCAAAAUGCAGGACCUGAUUGCCACUGUUGACCACAUCAAGUUCGAUCUGGAGAUCGCGGUGGAGCAGCAACUCGGGGCACAACCCCUCCCCUUCCCCGGGAUGGACAAGUCGGGAGCUGCAGUUUGUGAGUUCUUCAUGAGAGCAGCCUGUAUUAAAGGUGGCAUGUGUCCGUUUCGUCACAUCAGUGGGGAGAAGACGGUGGUUUGUAAACACUGGCUGAGAGGACUCUGUAAAAAGGGUGACCAAUGCGAGUUCCUACACGAGUAUGACAUGACAAAGAUGCCCGAGUGCUACUUCUACUCCAAGUUUGGGGAAUGCAGCAACAAAGAGUGUCCGUUCCUGCACAUCGAUCCAGAGUCAAAGAUCAAAGACUGUCCAUGGUAUGACAGAGGCUUCUGCAAGCAUGGUCCAGACUGCAGACACCGCCACACCAGAAGAGUGAUAUGUGUCAACUACUUAGUUGGUUUCUGUCCAGAGGGACGGACCUGUAAAUUCAUGCACCCACGGUUUGAGCUGCCAAUGGGGGCCACUGAACAGCCACCUCUACCACAACAGGUACAGAACCAUCAGAAGCCGGUGCCUUCACUUGGCCGCUCAUCCCUGUCACUCAUCCAGCUGACCAAUCCAGGCGGAGGGGGCGGGCACCACCAGCGUCAGCCGUACACCUCUGGUCCCAGCAUGCAUCAGCACCACAACAACAUUGCAAUAGGCAGCAGAGGACCACGCCCUCUGGAUCAGGUCACCUGCUAUAAGUGUGGGGAGAAGGGGCACUAUGCCAACAAAUGCACCAAAGGACAUCUGGCCUUCCUCAGCGGACAGUGAUACACACACACACCCCCUCUCACCCUGUUCCACACACAUACACACACCCUCUCACCCUGUGGAUCGACCCAUUCAGGCAGAAGACAAGGCGACGAGAACAGAACAGACCUUCUGUGGACUGUCAAGAUGCUAUUUUGAAUAUGGUUUCAAAGUUAUUUUCUGAUGACCUCUGGAACACAUGGACCGUACGGAAAGAGACAGACAGGCAGAAUGUUUCCCUGACUGCACCGGCAGACAGCCUGGAAGACAGACAGUUUCCCUGGUGUUGAUGAGAGCCUGGUGGACAAACCGCAGUGAUGAGACCAAGCUGGUGGUGUCUAGGUCCUCAGCUGUUGUGUGAAUGACGGGUUGUCGGGAAAAUAAAUAUCAUCUUUGUAUCUGGA